AAGAUAGAAGAUAGGGCGUGAAGCCGUGACCGAUCGGCUUGAUGAUGGAGAAGAAGGGUACUUCAGUAAAUAAUGUAUCAUCGGCAUUUGGAUUACAUCCUCCCUCCACACGUUUAGAUUGAAACGAUAGAUUUUGAUCAGGAGAUUAUAAAAAUUCCCAGCAAAUUUCCAUCCAAAUCAAAUUCAAUUCCAAUCCUCGACUUCGUUACAGAUAGAUAGAUAGAAAGAAAAAAAGGAAAACUUGGGUAAUGGGUAGAGCUUUCGUCUAUGUCAUACUUGGAGGUGGGGUUGCAGCUGGAUACGCAGCUCGUGAAUUCACAAACAGAGGAAUCUCUCAUGGAGAACUUUGCAUCAUCUCUGAAGAACCUGUUGCGCCUUAUGAGAGACCAGCACUAAGUAAAGGUUUUCUACUUCCAGAAGAUCCUUCACGUCUUCCAUCCUUCCACACUUGUGUGGGCUCCAAUGGGGAAAGAUUAACUCCUAGAUGGUACAAGGAACAUGGAAUUGAGUUAGUUCUCGGAACUGGAGUAAAGUCAGCAGAUAUAAAGAGGAAGACUUUAUUAACAGCAACUGGAGAAACCAUAAGCUACAAAAUUCUCAUCAUUGCUACAGGCGCUCGGGCAUUAAGACUCGAAGAGUUUGGAUUGAAUGGUUCUGGUGCUGGAAAUGUUUGUUAUUUACGUGACUUGGCUGAUGCAACGAGGCUUGUUGAUGUGAUGCAAUCAAGUGUUGGUGGAAAUGCGGUUAUUGUUGGUGGGGGCUAUAUAGGAAUGGAAUGUGCUGCUUCUUUGGUGAUAAAUAAAAUUAGUGUCACUAUGGUUUUCCCAGAGGCACAUUGCAUGGCUCGCCUAUUUACGCCCAAAAUUGCAGGUUAUUAUGAAGACUUUUAUAAGUCUAAAGGAGUUAAAUUUGUUAAAGGGACAGUCUUAGAGUCAUUUGACAUAAAUUCUGAAGAGAAGGUUACUGCAGUUAAUCUCCGUGAUGGAAAUACUCUUCCUGCAGAUAUGGUUGUAGUAGGAAUAGGUAUCCGUCCAAACACAUCUCUAUUCGAAGGCCAACUGACUCUAGAAAAAGGAGGAAUCAAGGUAAACGCACAAAUGCAAACCAGUAACACUUCGGUUUAUGCUGUGGGAGAUGUUGCAGCUUUUCCUGUAAAACUUUUCGGUGAAACCCGUCGUCUCGAGCACGUCGAUUUGGCUCGAAAAUCUGCAGAACAUGCUGUUUCUGCCAUAAUGGAACCUAAUAAAACAGGAGAAUUCGAUUACCUUCCGUUCUUCUAUUCCAGAAUCUUCACGUUAUCAUGGCAGUUUUUCGGAGAUAAUAUCGGAGAAGUAGUACAUUUUGGUGAUUUCGAUGAUGGGAAGACCAUAGGUGCUUAUUGGGUUAGUAAAGGUCAAUUGGUUGGUUCUUUCUUAGAAGGUGGAACUAAAGAAGAGUAUGAAGCCAUUGCAAGGGCUACUAGGGCUAAACCUGUUGUCGAAGAUUUAGUUGAGCUUGAGAGUCUAGGUUUGGAUUUUGCUGUUACUUUUGUUAGCCCGACUACACCAAUGGUGUCAUCGGGGACUGAUCUUGAAGGGCCUCCGGUACUUGUUAUGGAGAAGCCAUUGUACGCGUGGCAUGCAACUGCUGGUGUUGUUGUGGCGGCAUCUGUGGCGGCGUUUGCGUAUUGGUAUGGGAGGAGACGUAAAAGGUGGUGAGAAUUGAGAAGAGAUUAUUGUUAUUAUGUUGUUGUAACAUGGAUAUGUAUACUAUUUUGGUUAAUUGGACUUUUUUGGUUUUAUUGUGGGUGUAAUCUGGAUUUCUUGUAUAAAUGAUGCAUCAAAUAUUGUAAUAUUUAUAUUUUUAUCGUAGAA